AACAAUGAUAGCUUCCUGUCACCUCAAACAGAAAUGGCUAAAGAUACAAACAUCUUAACCAAUGGACGACAAUGGUCGAAGAAAAUGUUCACAGUUCUUCCGGGAAGCACCUUACAAAUCUUAUUGAUUCCUGCAGCAAAAGGCGUAACUCCCGAAGAAUAUCCUUCUCCUACUAGUCCGCAGCCGGAACGUGGGGGUAGUGAGCAUAAGGAGAGCAAUACGGAAUUGAAAGAGGACCCUUUUAACGAUUAUCAACCGGAACAGACAUUCAUUCAACUGCUAGCUGAUGACUUUGUGUUUGAUGAUACACCCAAAGAUGAUGCUUAUUUCCCAAGCCAAACUACCGAUCUCUACGAGGAAACUACUGAAGACAACCAUCCAACGGAAGAUACCAAUUGGGAAGAUUCCUCUAGAGAUUCCAUUUUGACUACUACCACCUUCAAGCCUUACUUCAUCCCAGAAGAUGACGAGCCGACACCCCCAAGAUGUCCAUUUUCACCCAAAGCAUUGGUCGCAAGCGACCCGAGCAAGGAACAUGCUCGUACAGACGACCGACCUCCCGAGACCUAUUUCAUGCAAGAGCCGUACUUCUACGGACUGGAUCCAUUCUGUCUAACGCGCCACCAUGUGUUCAUACCUGCCCUGCCUCUCAUGCUGCCCCAGUGGUGCUUCGUGCCGGACACACCGGACUUUCUCUGUCCGCGCUACGAUCUGGGUUUUCACAUUGCCUUCCCGCACGAAACGCAUCGCGACAUGUACUACCGCUGUACCUAUGGGCAGGCCGAGCUACGCAAGUGUCCUAAUCUGCACGUCUGGGAUGAUGAGCGAAAGAUCUGCACAUUGGUGAUGGAUUUCAGCCUCUUCCAGAUGGAACACCAGCCACGUCACAGUUUGUACGAUCCGGAGGCAGCACAUUAUCACUGUCAGCAGUGUCGGCGCAACUUCCUGCUGCCACAGGACGUGGAUCCGAGCGCACAGUGUUCCGAUCGAAUGCUGUUGGCGUGCAACACGGACGGAACGCUGACGGUGUACGAAUGUCCCGGGUUUUAUCAUCACGAUCGUCAAAUUCAGCUCCGCUGGUAUGCCGACCUGGAACGGUGCGAUUACCCAGCGGAUGGCGAAGGUCCGUGGCAGCGUUGAUUGGACGUUAACUUCUCAGGUAGUAAGCCCGCACAUGAUAAAUCACAAAAAUAUAGCCAAAACUACACGCACCUUAUGAAAUACAAGCAUUUAUGGCGA